AUGGAUAUUAACCCCCAUCCUCUCCAAGCCUCUAAUAACGAGGACGAAAAUUUACUCACAUUAUCGUUAUCAACACCAUCACCAUCAGCGCAGCCACCGUCAUCUUCGUCUUCCUCACUAAUGCCACCACCAAUAUCGUCACCUAUGGGGCAGCAACAAACCAUUCAACUAUGUAUCCCAAUCCCACAAGCGCCACCAUUACCAUAUUACCCGAACCACCAAGUUCAAACCCCAACCGGCUUUAACGCUAUUGAUAGUAACACUGUUUCUGGAGCGAUUGUGAACCAUUCACGUCCCUCUCGUUCACGUAGGAACCCUUUUCAAGCACCAAGGCAAGGGCGAUCCGAAACCAUCCCACCACCGUUCCCUUGGGCCACUAACCAACGUGCCACGGUUCACACCCUUGAUUAUCUUGUAUCUCACAACUUGACCAGCAUUUACGGUGAUGUUCAAUGCAAGAAGUGCGACAAGGUUUGCAAGGUGGAAUACGAUUUGCAAGAGAAGUUCAAAGAGAUAAGGGAUUUUAUAAAAGAAAACAAGUUUGCAUUGCAUGAUCGAGCACCCUCUGAAUGGACCACACCCACAUUGCCUAGCUGUGAAACUUGUGGUGGUACCUUGAAGCCUGUUCUUAAGAAGAAAAGAGACAUAAAUUGGCUGUUUUUGCUGUUGGGGAAGAUGCUGGGGUGUUGUAAAUUAUCGGAGUUGAAGUACUUUUGCAAGCAUACCAAGAACCAUAGGACGGGUGCUAAAGAUCGGGUCCUUUAUCUCACUUACAUGGGUUUAUGCAAGCAAUUAGAUCCCAAUGGACCUUGUGAUGUUUGA